UUUGCCUUUGUUUUAAUUUUAAACCCACGUUACAGGCCUGGCUGCUCCAGUUAGCGGAAUGAAGAUGAACUGUUCGAAACACAAAUUCCUUGAAAUUAAUGGCUGAACUCACAGUUCUCUUUCCAAUAUGGAUUUAAAUGCUUUAUUUUCCAAAUCACUGACUACACCAUUGGUGCCAGGUACAAGUACCAAAACAUGGAAAAACAAGCAUAUUUCCACAAAACCAGACACCACAGUGCUCGUUGCUGUAGCUUUGCAAGAUCACAUUAUUAGGAAUCUGCGGCUCCAAAACCUUUCAUUGUCUGAGGGUUUUAAAACAAAGCCACAGACUAAAAUGGGUUGCUCCAGGCCCAUAGACAGAAGCACUGUGAAGCCUGUAGUGGAUACAGGAAUAAAAAGGAAAGAAGGAAGAAAGAAAAGGAAAGAAGAUGAGGAAAAAGAGUAUGUUUUGGAUCCAAAACCUUCGGGCCUUACUUUAGCACAGAAAUUGGGUCUCAUUGAUGCACCUAAAGCACUGUUAACAGAUAGUGAAUGGCAGCUGGUGAAAAAGCGAUCAGUACAACAGGGAGAUUCAGCACAGCCCUGUGCUAUAUGCAGAGAAGAAUUUGGUAUGCAGGAACAGGUGCUGCUCUCUUGCUCUCAUGUUUUUCAUAGGAUUUGUAUGCAAGCCUUUGAAAAGUUCUCUGGGAGAAAGAGUUGCCCCAUGUGCAGGAAGGAGCAAUACCAGACCAUGGUAAUUCAUGAUGGAGCUCGACUGUACAAGAUAAAAUGUGCUACAAGAAUUCAAGCUCAAUGGCGAGGAUAUAUUGUACGUAAAUGGUACAAGGAGCUAAGACGUACUGUGCCUCCAAAGGACAGGAAACUGCGAAGAAGGUUCUAUGAAGACAAGCUACAAGAGAUUAAUGACAGGUUGGUGAGGUCAUGCGAUGUGGAUAUUGAGAAACUCUUUUCUGAAAUUGAUCAGUCAGUAGCUACAAACAGGAGAGUUCUGCAGCAAUUGGAGAGGCGACAUGUUCACCUUAUAUCGGAAGAAGAGUGGGAGCAAAUACAACUAAAGGCAAUCCUCAGGGAGGUAUUCGAUUGUCCAAUUUGUAUCACUCCACUGGAUCAUUUUAGAAGCACAACAUGCCAUGAGACUGCUGAGCGGAGAGAGAAUUGUGGUCCGUCCGUGCGGCAAACAGUGCUGCUGUCCUGCUCUCACACCUUCCACUACACUUGCUUGAAAGCCUUUGAGGAUUUUUCUGAGGGAGAAAAGCAUAUUUGCCCAUUAUGCAGAUCGACCUACGAAAAGAAAAUGUUAUGAAAAGUAAAAUACGAAGCUGUCUUUCCUGCCAUUCAAAACAAAUACUUCCAAAAAUACUUUAGAUUAUUUAAUAUUUGAAUAAAAGUCUCUUCACAGUCUGUUUUAUCAUGUUAUAUGUGGCAGAAUGGUGUUUAUGUAGCUCAUGUGUGGAUUGUGUGCUAGAGUCAGGAGCCAUCUGGUCGAAGAUUAGCCCUUA